AGAAUUCACCACAUACGCGUUUCGAAACAUAUUUUCGUUGAAAUUUCAUAGGGACGGAGUGAAAAACAAAAAUUAUAUAAAAGUGGAAAGGCUUUCAAAACAAUGGCAACACGUGUGGUGGCAACAGCAACAGUGCGGGCCGUCAAGGGGCGAAAAUUAAUACCAACACGAGCGGCCCUGACUUUGACUCCGGCUGCUGUGCAACGAAUCAAAUCUUUACUCCAGGAUAAACCAGAUUUUGUUGGCCUUAAAGUGGGUGUACGUCAACGCGGCUGCAAUGGCCUGUCCUACACUUUGGACUAUGCCAGUCACAAAGCAGACAAAUUGGAUGAGGAGGUAGUCCAGGAUGGUGUCAAGGUCUUCAUUGACAAGAAGGCACAACUCUCAUUGCUAGGCACCGAAAUGGACUAUGUAGAAUCUAAGCUAUCUAGUGAGUUUGUCUUUAAUAAUCCGAAUAUUAAGGGCACUUGUGGUUGCGGCGAAUCCUUUAACAUGUAAUCAUCAUGGCCCCAUGGAUGCCGUCUCACCCGCCUCGCAAAUUGACAUGUCUAAGUCUAAGUAUGGAUUAUGGGAUUCAAAAAGAAUUUCAAUCCCAUUGAAAUCCAAUUUAUAAUGUAUAUUCUAUUUCGAUAUAAAAACUCAAUAUGGUUUUUAAUUUAAA